GUGAACACGGGGUCAAACACAUGUAUUAUCAAUAAUUUAUCGAAAUGUUCUCUUUUUACAGGAAAAUGAGGUUUCUUCCAAUCGUAUUUACAGCUUUAUUUAUAACACACGCAAUUGCACGUCAGGAUCUUCGAGAUGGAUCGAGGCGAUACAUACUUGGGGAUUUCUUUCACCCAGAUUUAGACAAAAUUCCAGACGAAUGGAAGAAACUAGAGUGUACACUAUGCAAAUGCGAGAAAGAAUGCCAUGCUGCAUUGUUUGACUACAAAGAAUCAGAAGUGUGUAACCCAUUUAUGGACUCAAUUUCAUGCUCAGAUCCUAUGAAUUUUUGUGCAAGUAGUCCGUGUAAAAAUGGAGCUGUAUGUGUAAACAAAAACAACACAUAUGCAUGUCAGUGCAAAACAGGAUGGACAGGAAUUAAUUGCGACAGCGCUGUAGUUUCCGGACCAACGGUUGAUCACUGUUCAAGCAAUCCAUGUACCAACGGAGGGACUUGUAAUAACGGUCCUGAUGGAUAUACAUGUCAAUGUCAGGCAGGAUUGACGGGACACAAUUGUGAAAAACAGUUGAAUACAAACUUGUGUACAAAUGCAACGUGUCUGCAUGGUUCAUGUACGUUAAACAAUGGCAGCUACAGAUGCUCAUGCGAUCAGGGGUGGAAAGGCAACCAGUGUCAAACAGAGGUGAAUGAAUGUGAUAAACACCCGUGUCAGCAUGGAGGAAAGUGCUCAAAUUCAGUCGGGGGCUAUUCAUGUUCGUGUACUAGUGGUUGGACAGGCUCUGAUUGUAUUCAAGAUGUUGACGAAUGUACGAGAAAUCCGUGCUCAAAUCAAACAGCCACUUGCCUAAAUACUGAUGGUUCAUAUAGUUGCCAGUGUUCCAGCGGAUGGAAAGGCUAUAAAUGCGAGACAGAUAUAGAUGAAUGUGUAAUGUACCGGUUUUGUCAAAACGGAGCCACUUGUUUGAACACUCCGGGAGGUUUUUCUUGCUCAUGUGCUAGUGGGUGGAACGGGACGCUGUGUCAGACUGAUGUCAACGAAUGUACGAACAACCCAUGCAAACAUGGUUCAUGUACAAACACGCGAGGAUCAUAUAGCUGUGUUUGUUCUCCUGGAUGGACUGGUUCCGACUGUGAUACAGAUGGUCAACCAAAGGAAUGCAACCAUAUAUGCACUCUUGAAUCAGUUGUUAAACAGAGGCCAGUUAGCUACAACAAUGCCUCUACAUGCCCAGGGUCUUCCAUUUAUGCUUCAAAUGAGGCUCUUCUUAGGCAAUGUUGCCAACUUGGAGAACAGUCUACCUGGACUAAAGGACUUGAGGUUAUGCCGCAAUGUAACAGUGGAACAAUUAAACCAUACACUCCCAUUUUUGCCUAUAAGAAUGGAAUGAUUGAACCAGACACAGCAGGUGUGCUCACGGCCUGUCUUCAAGACGGAACGGGAUUCAUUAUGAUACGCCAGGGAUGUACAUCAACUCCGCACGUGUAUAACGUGAAUGGCACAAGUAAUGGGAAUGUGGACAGUGACCCAGCCAACUAUUUCAAUAUCAUAUGCCCACUGCUGAUGCUGCUCCUGUUGUACUGCAGGUACAGUUAUACAGAAAAUGCAGCAGACAGCAGCAGACGAUUCAUUAUACCGGAUAAUUCCAGACAUAUGUCCCACAUGGAGACAGAAAUUUCUCUUUGCAAGUGUUUUAAUGACUGCCACCUUGAUGGUUACCGUAAUCAAACAGAUGUUACUGUGUAUAACAGGUUAUGGAAAUAUAUUGACUGUUCAGUGAUAAAAAGAUGUGACCUCAAUUCCCCUUGUUUGAAUGGCGGAACAUGCCAGAAUAUUAAUAAUGGCGAACAUUUCAACUGUAACUGUAGCCCCGGACAUAGUGGAAAACUUUGCCAGUUGAAAGAUGAUCCUGUCAAAUGCGCAAAUAACCCAUGCAAGAAUAACGGGACUUGCGAUGCUGAUUUACACGGGGUAACGUGUCACUGUGCGUCGGGAUGGACAGGAAACUUUUGUGAUGCUGAUAUAGAUGAAUGUAAAGAAUUCAAUCUUUGUAUGAAUGAAGGAGUUUGUGUAAAUGUUCGAGGUCACUUUGAGUGCAACUGUAAAAGAGGAUGGACCGGCAUUUUAUGUCAGACAGAUAUAAAUGAAUGCACAAACGACCCCUGUGGUGACAAUGGUAUCUGCUCUAAUACAGAAGGAAGUUACAACUGCACCUGUUCAAAAGGAUGGACUGGGUCAGCGUGUGAUAGAGUUUUUCGUUCGAUUCUGCUUGGUGGUCUUUUUUUGUUUUGUUCUAUUUCAGACACAGAUAAGUGUUCAAUGAACCCUUGUAAGAACAAUGGCAGCUGUUCUAACACACUAGGUGGUUACCAGUGUAAAUGUUCAUCAGGAUGGACGGGAGAGAACUGCGACACAGAUAUAGAUGAAUGUAAAGAAUUCAAUCUUUGUAAGAAUGGAGCAGUUUGUGUAAAUGCCCGAGGUCACUUUGAAUGCAACUGUACAAGCGGAUGGACCGGAACUAUAUGUCAGACAGAUAUAAAUGAGUGCACGAACAACCCGUGCGGUGAUAAUGGUAACUGCUCUAAUACAGAUGGAAGUUACAACUGCACAUGUUCAAAAGGAUGGACUGGGCCAGCGUGUGAUAGAGACGUAGAUGAAUGUUCAAGGAGCACUUGUAAAAAUUAUGGCACAUGUUCGAACACAAUAGGUGGUUACCACUGCAGAUGCUCUUCAGGGUGGACUGGAGUAAACUGUGACACAGACGUAGAUGAAUGUUUAAAACGUCCUUGUAAGAAUAACGGGGAGUGGACAGGCGUGAAAUGUGACAUAGAUAUUGAUGAAUGCACGAAUUCACCGUGCAGAAAUAAUGGGGACUGCACCAAUAAUGCUGGAGGCUUUUACUGCACCUGUGCAAACGGAUGGGAAGGUUCCAUCUGUGAUAAAGAUGUUGAUGAAUGCAUGCAUUCACCAUGCAGUAAUAAUGGGAACUGCAACAAUAAUGCUGGAGGCUUUUACUGCACCUGUGCAAACGGAUGGGAAGGUUCCCUCUGUGAUAAAGACGUAGAUGAAUGUUUAAAAUUUCCUUGUAAGAAUAAUGGCCAUUGCUCUAACACAGUGGGUGGAUACCAGUGUAAUUGUCCUAGGGAGUGGACAGGAGUGAAUUGUGACACAGAUGUUGAUGAAUGCCCGAAUUCACCAUGCAGUAAUAAUGGGAACUGCACCAAUAAUGCUGGAGGCUUUUACUGCACCUGUGCAAACGGAUGGGAAGGUUCCCUCUGUGAUAAAGACGUUGAUGAAUGCACGAAUUCACCGUGCAGAAAUAAUGGGAACUGCACCAAUAAUGCUGGAGGCUUUUACUGCACCUGUGCAAACGGAUGGGAAGGUUCCAUCUGUGAUAAAGACAUUGAUGAAUGUUCAAGGAACAUUUGUAAGAAUCAUGGCACAUGUUCUAAUACAAUAGGUGGUUACCACUGCAGAUGCUCUUCAGGAUGGACCGGUGAAAAAUGCGACAAAGACAUAAAUGAAUGUUCAGGCAACCCGUGCUACAACAAUGGUAGUUGUUCCAACACAAACGGUGGUUUCAGUUGCACAUGCGCAAAUGGAUGGACGGGCGCAACAUGUAAAAAAGACAUAGACGAAUGCUUAAACAACCCGUGCAGUAACAACGGAAUUUGUAAAAAUACAAACGGCAGUUUUAAUUGCACGUGCGCAAGUGGAUGGAUAGGGACACUAUGUAAUACAGCUCUUCCAAAGUGCAAACAUUCAUGCAGUCUUGAUGCUGUAAUCACUCAGAUAUCGGUGAGCAGUCCAAAAGCACAACUGUGUCCUAAAACCGCCACUAGAACACCGGCUCAGGCCCUGCCAAUGUCAUGUUGCAACAUUGAUAUUCCAACGACAUGGCAUAUAGGAACACAGGUAAUGCAACACUGUGCUGGACAGACCCUGCCGUCGCACUCACCCGUCGCUUCCUUUAAGAAUGGAAUUCUCCAGAACGAAACAGCCGGUGUUUUUGUUGAAUUUAUCAAAGGCAAAUGUGACAAUGGAUUUUUGGUAAUUCGCCAAGGAUGUGAUCAUUUGCCCCAUCUGCUUCAUAUAGACGGUACAACCGGAGAAAAUCCAGAUACCUAUUUUGCAAUCUACUAAAAUAUUCUGUUUGGUACAAGAAUCGAAAAUAAUACGGCACAUCUUAAAAGUUGUUUUGUGUAUGUUAUCCGUUUGUUUCUUCGAAAAUAUAUCCUAUAACAGGAAAACUAAA